UAUUUUUCAAAAGUUUUUUCAUUUAAAACCCUUUUUAAGCAAUAAUAUAAUUGUAUGGAUAGCAUUCUUGAAAAAGAAUUAACUUGCUCUAUUUGUUUGGAUAUUGCUGAUAAUCCUGUCGAAACUAAAUGUGGAAAAGACAUUGCUCGAUCUGAAUUUUCUAAACACAAUUUGUUAUGCGAGUUUUCAAUCUUAAAAUGCUAUAUACCAACUUGCAAUUUCAAAUCAAAGAAAAAAGACUUAAUGAAUCAUUUAGUAAUCUCUCAUAGUGAUUCUAUCAUUAAGAUAUUGGAAGAGUAUUACUCUACAAACUCAUCCAAUCAGAUCAAUGUAUAUGAAGAGCCAAAUAACUCUCAUAGUUUUAUUAGUACUAAAAUUAACUCAAAGGGUAGACAAGCUAGGCUUGGUGCGACGGGAAAAUAUUAUUGCUCUGGAAGUCUUGAUUUAGCGUCAAAAUGUAAAUGUUGUGAUGGAAAAUGCGGUCCAACUAAUGGAUGUAAUUGUACUUCAUGUAUGGCGCUAGAUAUUAGUACUCGCAAACUACCAUUAGGCUGGUAUGUUAAUAAAGAAGGUUUUCCAUGCGUAAAAAGUGAAUCUGGAAAAUUUUAUUGUGGCAGAAAAAUGGACCUUAAAUUUUCUGAUGGUUACUGUGGUCCCGAUGAUGGACCAAACUGUUUGUCAUGUCAAAUUAUUGGAUUUGAAGAAAGUGCUUAUCAAGUAGUUCUAUAAAUUUUUAUUUUAGCACCGAACUAUUUUUUUGUUUUUUAAGUAUUUUUUUAAUUUUCAUUUUUACAAGCCUUUAAUCUUAACAAUCUGCAAUUAUGAAUUUUUUAAUGUAUGUUUAUUUUUAAAUGGUUAAAAUAUAGUCAGUUUAUUUUUCAA